CGCACCAUUCUCCAUCUUCCUCCAACCUGAAAAAGGAGUGGGCUGAGAAAUUUUCAUUGCUAAACACACCACCAGGCUUGAAGAGCUACAAACAUGACAGACUCUAAAUAUUUCACUACAAACAAAAAAGGGGAGAUCUUUGAGCUGAAGGCAGAGUUGAACAAUGAGAAGAAGGAGAAGAGAAAAGAGGCAGUGAAGAAGGUCAUCGCUGCUAUGACCGUUGGCAAAGAUGUCAGUUCUCUGUUCCCAGAUGUGGUUAACUGCAUGCAGACCGACAACCUGGAGCUGAAGAAGUUGGUUUAUCUUUAUUUAAUGAACUACGCCAAAAGCCAGCCGGACAUGGCCAUCAUGGCUGUGAACAGUUUUGUCAAGGACUGUGAGGACCCCAACCCUCUGAUCCGGGCUCUGGCUGUACGCACCAUGGGCUGCAUCCGGGUGGAUAAGAUCACAGAGUAUCUGUGUGAGCCGCUGAGGAAGUGCCUGAAGGAUGAGGAUCCGUAUGUGAGAAAGACAGCGGCUGUCUGUGUGGCCAAACUGCACGACAUAAAUGCUCAGAUGGUGGAGGACCAGGGCUUCUUGGACUCUCUGAGAGACCUCAUUGCUGACUCAAAUCCCAUGGUUGUGGCCAAUGCAGUUGCUGCUCUGUCUGAGAUCAGCGAGUCUCACCCCAACAGCAACCUGCUGGACCUGAAUCCCCAGAACAUCAACAAGCUGUUGACGGCCCUCAACGAGUGCACUGAGUGGGGACAGAUCUUCAUCCUGGACUGUCUGUCCAACUACAACCCCAAGGAUGACCGUGAGGCUCAAAGCAUCUGUGAGCGUGUCACUCCCAGGCUGUCUCAUGCCAACUCAGCUGUGGUCCUGUCAGCUGUUAAGGUCCUGAUGAAGUUCUUAGAGCUGCUGCCUAAGGACUCGGACUACUACAACACAUUGCUGAAGAAAUUAUCACCCCCGCUCGUGACCUUGCUGUCUGGAGAGCCAGAGGUCCAGUACGUGGCUCUGAGGAACAUCAACCUCAUUGUUCAGAAGAGACCUGAGAUCCUGAAGCAGGAGAUUAAGGUGUUCUUCGUCAAAUAUAACGACCCGAUCUAUGUGAAACUGGAGAAACUGGACAUCAUGAUCCGCUUGGCAUCACAGGCCAACAUUGCCCAGGUUUUGGCUGAACUGAAGGAAUAUGCCACAGAGGUCGAUGUUGACUUUGUGCGCAAGGCUGUACGAGCAAUCGGACGCUGUGCCAUCAAAGUGGAGCAAUCAGCGGAGCGCUGCGUCAGCACUCUGCUGGACCUGAUCCAGACUAAGGUCAACUACGUGGUUCAGGAGGCUAUAGUGGUCAUCAGGGACAUUUUCCGCAAGUAUCCUAACAAGUACGAGAGCAUCAUUGCCACACUGUGUGAGAAUCUCGACUCUUUGGAUGAACCUGACGCGCGAGGUGCCAUGAUCUGGAUUGUCGGCGAGUACGCGGAGAGGAUCGACAACGCCGACGAGCUGCUCGAGAGCUUUCUCGAGGGCUUCCACGAUGAGAGCACUCAGGUGCAGCUCACUCUGUUGACGGCCAUCGUCAAGCUGUUUCUUAAGAAACCGUCAGAGACUCAGGAGCUGGUGCAGCAGGUCCUCAGUCUGGCCACUCAGGACUCUGACAACCCUGACCUCCGUGACAGGGGCUACAUUUACUGGCGCCUGUUGUCCACCGACCCUGUGACCGCCAAAGAGGUGGUGCUGUCAGAAAAGCCCCUGAUCUCAGAGGAGACGGACCUGAUCGAGCCCACCCUGUUGGACGAGCUCAUCUGCCACAUCGGCUCCCUGGCCUCGGUCUAUCACAAACCGCCCAGCGCCUUUGUGGAGGGAAGCCAUGGAGUCCACCGGAAACACCUUCCUGUGCAGCACAGCAGCAUUGACACAGGUGAGAGCCCUGUGAGUGGCGGGCCAGCCGCUGCCAUGGAUCAGCCACAUGUGAUCCCCAGCCAGGGUGACCUGCUGGGCGACCUGUUGAACCUGGACCUGGGCCCUCCGGUUAACGUACCCCAAGUCUCCUCCAUGCAGAUGGGUGCGGUGGACCUUCUGGGUGGAGGCCUGGACAGUUUGCUGGGAGGAGACCUGGGCGGAGGUGUUGGGGGAAGUCCAGCAGUGGGACAAAACUUCAUCCCAUCCUCUGUCCCCAGUACUUUUGCUCCAUCACCCACUCCUGCGCCUCCGCCUUCCAGCAGCGGCCUCAACGACCUGUUUGAGAUUUCUACAGGCAUGGCCGUCACCACCGGAGGCUACGCAGCCCCGAAAGCAGUGUGGCUUCCUGCUGUGAAAGCUAAAGGACUGGAGAUCUCUGGAACCUUCUCCCGACGCCAGGGCCACAUGUACAUGGACAUGAACUUCACUAACAAGGCCCUGCAACACAUGAACGAUUUUGCCAUCCAGUUCAACAAGAACAGUUUUGGGGUGAUCCCCACCAGUCCUCUGCCUAUUCACACUCCGCUGAUGCCCAAUCAAAGUAUCGACGCCUCUCUGCCUCUGAACACCAUCGGGCCGGUUAUGAAGAUGGAUCCUCUCAAUAAUCUACAGGUGGCUGUAAAGAACAACAUUGAUGUGUUCUACUUCAGCGUACUUAUCCCUCUGAACGUAUUCUUUGUUGAGGAUGGAAAAAUGGAGCGACAGGUGUUUUUGGCUACCUGGAAGGACAUCCCCAAUGAGAACGAGCUUCAGUAUCAGAUAAAAGACUGUCAUCUAAAUGCAGACACAGUAUCAGGGAGGCUGCAGAAUAACAACAUCUACACCAUUGCCAAAAGAAACGUGGAAGGCCAGGACAUGCUGUACCAGUCCCUGAAGCUAACCAAUGGCAUCUGGAUCUUAGCUGAGCUCCGCAUUCAGCCUGGAAAUCCCAAUUACACGCUGUCGCUCAAGUGUCGGGCCCCUGAAGUGUCUCAGUACGUCUACCAGAUGUACGACUCCAUACUGAAGAACUGAUCUGCUCCGCCGGACCCGACAGCAUCUCCUCUCUUUCAGACCUGGCAACAAACUUGAGUGUUUCUUUAUUUUGUCUGAUCUUCAUCCAGAACAAAUCUAAGCAGUGAUUGAUCAUUAAUCUGAAACAUUUGGAGUAUUUUAAUUUUUCCUCUAAAAAAAUCAAUAGGUUGUUAUAUGUCAGUGCAACUGUAUUAGGGAUCGUUGUUGUAGUUUCUUUUCCACGGUUUAAAAGUGCUUUUUCAUUUCUCUUGUUACACUCCAUUUAAGUUUACUGUCCAGUAAAAAAACGUGUUCAUCAUUCCUUCUUUAACUGACCGUCUUAAUGAAACUGUCCUGAGCAAGAACAAAAAAACGCCACUCGAGUUUCAACUAGGCCAUUGCUUUUAGUUGUUUAUUUUGUGCUUUGGUUUAGAUUUAUUUUUGGUAUUGCCUUUGCUCUGGCUGUCCCCUUCAGGACGACACCAGCGUUGAUUUGUCAGCCAUUUAUAGAAAAAUCAUAAACUGAAGCCACUGAUGUUUCUUCUCUGUCAUGACUUGAACACACAAAGCAUAUUUAAUGUUUUUUCAAAUUUUGUGCAGCAUUUAGAUGCCAUUUUUGUUCUCGUAAUUGUAUGAA